GAAGUGAGUGAUCAGGGCGGCGGAGGGAUACACAGGCAAUCCCCGGUCUGGACACGGCCAAUAUACCCACCGCUAACCCGCCAGUGGAACUCCAUCUAAGGAACGAGCACACUCCGAGGCUGCCGCCACAGACCUACAAGCACACCACCCAUCCGCCAUGGCUGACCAACUAACAGAGGAGCAGAUUGCAGAGUUCAAGGAGGCUUUCUCCUUAUUCGACAAGGAUGGCGACGGCACCAUCACCACCAAAGAGCUGGGCACCGUCAUGAGGUCGCUGGGCCAGAACCCCACCGAGGCAGAGCUGCAGGACAUGAUCAACGAGGUGGACGCUGACGGUAAUGGUACCAUUGACUUCCCGGAGUUCCUGACCAUGAUGGCCAGAAAAAUGAAGGACACAGACAGCGAGGAGGAGAUCCGCGAGGCUUUCCGGGUAUUUGACAAGGACGGAAACGGUUACAUCAGCGCCGCAGAGCUCCGCCACGUCAUGACGAACCUGGGGGAGAAGCUAACAGACGAGGAGGUGGACGAGAUGAUCAGAGAAGCAGACAUUGACGGCGAUGGUCAGGUCAACUAUGAAGAGUUUGUACAGAUGAUGACUGCCAAGUGAAGCUUGCCCACCCUCAUCUGUCCCCUCUUAGAAGAAAGAAAAAGGAGAAAAAAAAUUAAAAUGUUUUACUUACCUCUUGGGGAAAAAAAAUUAUUCAUACUGUUUCUGUAUAGAAAAAAAAUUGAAUGUUGAAAUAAAAUAUCUUCUGUCCACACAGGAAAAAUAUAAAAAUAUACAAAAAUAUCUGCAUGAAAAUGAUGGUUAGUGAUUCUGUCCCCUCCCCUGGAGAUCAGUUUAGCAUCAGUACUUGACAAGUAAAAAUAAUAACAACAACAAACCCUGUAACUAUACCUUCAGACUAAAGCAGAAGCAUUUGGUGAACUCCUUCCAGUCCCGUUUGCUAGUGUCAAAUGUCUCUUCUUUCUGUCCGUUUUCUGUUCUUCAUGCAUGCAGCUUGAGACCGGAGCACAACCCCCCCUCCCCUCCCCCCAUCCCUCCUCCGGGCUACCAGAGCGUGCUGAUUCCACUAUAAGCUGUCCUCUUGAUUUGGUACAGUUUUUUGUAUUCGGAGAGGAACCCUGUACUGUUAAGAUGAGCGAGUGUACCAGGUUCUGACUCUAGCGUUAAAGUGGAAUGGGACUUGUAUGCUCGAUAAAAAGAGAAAACAACCAAUGUACAAAAAAAUACAUUUUCAAAUGUUUGGCAUGUUCUUUUGUUUUUGUUCUGUUAUUUGGACGGCCAUCUUAGUAGUUGUGCGUCCUGCCCUUUUAGACCAGGGGGGACUUAAAGAGUCUUACGGUGAGCUUUCAAAUUUCUUUCUUUUUCUUUUCUUUUCGCUGAAAUGGAGUGUCUGUCCUCUUUUCUUGCAAGAGAGAAUCCCUGGCCUUCACUUCUCUUUUGUUUGUUGUGUUUCUCGGCUCAGACAGCAGCGUAGUGAGGGGUGUCCUGUGUUCGCAGCGCAUGCUUUUAGGGGUGUCAGCGCACCAGCCGCCGCAACUGUUCGUCUGAGUUCAGUUUACAUUCAUUCCAAGUUGUACAUGCUAGUCUUUAUUUUUUUUCAAAUAAAAGACCAUGAACUUUA